AUGGAGAUUAAGGCACUACUAAUUGACAGAGAUGACCCAUUCGCGCUUGACAAAGUUGAGGUGGUCGCGCCUGGUCACAAUAAAGAGAGCAUUGUGCAAUGUUACACCUGUGCAACCAGGAGAGAACUGAGGUGGCCGCAUCUAGUAACGGUUAUGCGACGUUACACCAACGCGACCAAGAGAAAACUGAGGUGGUCGCGUUUGGUUGCAUCUAGUCAUGACUCGAUGCGGCUCAUCUAUUUGCUCGGUUGGAGGCGACCACGACCCAAGGGUCUGACGUCCAACUAUGACCGCGUCUGCAAGGUUUAUGCAUGUGGUAUUAGAGUCGGUUCAGUGGCAAUAGGAGUCUUCGACAAUACUCGUGCUCAGAAGUCGAAGAAGAUGGAGGAAAAAUGGGAGAUAUUGAGAAAAAAACUCAAUAGUGAAAUGGAAGGUUUAAAACGAGAUUUCGGUGAGAUAAAACAUGAAUUAAGGGAGGUGAACCAGCUUCUUGGUAUUCUGGUUAAUCAUUGGACCUCUGGAAAUGAGGGAUCAGCAGAACAGGAGCAAUCCGAUCAAGAGGGGAAGAACGUGAUUUGGAAAGAAGAUGAGGAAGAAUAUGAAGGAAUCCACUUCAAAUUGGAUUUCUUGUGGUCCGACGGCGAUCACUUCAGAGGAUGGGUUUACAAGGCAGAGCGUUACUUUGAAAUUGAUAAAACCAAUCCUGAGCUGAAGGUGAAGUUGGUGUUGCUGCAUCUGGGAGAUUGGGCUUUGGAGUGGCAGUGGACAUUGAUGAGAAAUAGAAGUGACAGGUGGCCAACGCGGGAAGAAGAUGUGGAAAGUUUGGAGAUCAUCUUUAGGGAAACAACUUACUCAGACCCUAUGGCAGAGCUGACAACGGGCGAGCAAGAAGAGUCCCUCCAAGCUUAUUUUAGACAAUUCAACAUAUCGGAAGGGAAAGAGGAAGAAGAGGAGAAUGAGCUUUCUGAAGAGGUAGGAGAAGGGUCUAAUGAAGAGGAGGGAUCUACCCUUGCAGAUUUCAGUAAUAAGUCUUGGCUGGGGUCCCUUAUCAACACUAUUAUUGGGAACUUGAAGCUUUCAAUUUCAAAUAUCCACAUACGAUAUGAGGAUCUUGAGAGCAAUUCUGGGCACCCAUUUGCUGCUGGUGUAACCCUGCAGAAACUCUCAGCUGUGACUGUUGAUGAUAGCGGGAAGGAGACUUUUGUUACUGGUGGUGCACUAGAUCGUAUACAAAAGUCUGUUGAACUUAAUGAGCUUGCCCUUUAUCUGGAUUCUGAUAUAUCUCCAUGGCAUAUCGAGAAGGCAUGGGAAGAUUUGCUUCCUUCUGAAUGGGUUCAGCUCUUCAAAUUUGGUACGGAGGGUGGUAAGCCUGCCGAUCAUUUAACAAGGAGACAUGCAUAUGUUUUGCAACCAAUUACUGGAAAUGCAAAGUACACUAAGAUGCGGUCAGGUGAAUCUGCUGAUAAUGGUCAGCCCUUACAGAAAGUGCUAGUGAACUUGGAUGACGUGACACUAUGUCUAUCAAAGGAUGGGUAUAGGGAUGUUCUGAAAUCAGCAGAUAAUUUUGCAGCCUUCAACCAGCGCUUGAAGUAUGCACAUUAUCGUCCAUAUGUUUCAGUAAAAUCUGAUCCAAGAUCUUGGUGGAAAUAUGCUUAUAAAGCUGUUUCUGACCAGAUGAAGAAGGGAAGUGGAAGGUUAUCAUGGGAUCAGGUUCUGAAGUAUGCUAGGUUACGUAAGAGAUACAUUUCUCUUUAUGCGUCAUUGCUUAAGUCUGACAUCAACCGACAAGUAAUUGAUGACAACAAAGAGAUUGAAGAACUUGAUCGCGAGCUUGAUAUCGAAGUCAUACUACAGUGGAGAAUGCUGGCUCAUAAGUUUGUAGAGCGUACAGAAGAAUCAGAAAAUUACCUGAAGAAACAAAAGUCCAAAAAAUCAUGGUGGUCCUUUGGAUGGAAUACUCAAUCUGUUGAUGAUGAGAGUGAGCCAGUUCAGUUCACUGAGGAGGACUGGGAACAAUUAAACAAAAUCAUUGGUUAUAGGGAGGGUGAUGAGCAAUCUGUAGCAACUAAUGAGAAACCAGAUGCUCUUCAUAUGUUUUUGGAGGUCUGCAUGAGACAUAAUGCUUCCAAGCUUUUCGAUGGGGAGCAGCAAUGUCUUGCAGAAAUAUCAUGUGAGGGCCUUAAAUGCUCUGUCAAGCUUUAUCCAGAGACCAAACUUUUUGACAUGAAAUUGGGGUCAUAUCGGUUGUCAUCGCCAAGUGGUCUCCUUGCUGAGAGUGCUACAUCUUUUGACUCUUUAGUUGCCAUCUUCUGCUACAAGCCUUUUGAUGCAAAAGUAGACUGGAGCAUGGUUGCUAAAGCUUCUCCAUGCUACAUGACUUAUCUAAAGGAUUCAAUUGAUGGAAUUGUCAAUUUCUUUGAAAGCAAUGCUGCUGUUAGUCAGACCAUAGCACUGGAAACUGCAGCUGCUGUACAGAUGACAAUUGAUGAAGUCAAACGCACUGCUCAGCAUCAAGUGAACAGAGCAUUAAAAAAUCGUGCAAGGUUCCGGCUGGACUUUGAUAUCGCAGCUCCCAAAAUAACAAUUCCAACAGAAUUUCGUCCAGAUGAUAUCCAUUCAACAAACCUUCUGCUUGACUUGGGAAAUCUGGUUAUUCGUUCACAGGAUGACUACGAAUGUAGAUCAUCUGAGGAGUUGGAUAUGUAUAUGCAGUUUGACUUGGUUUUGAGUGAUGUAUCUGCUUUUCUGGUUGAUGGUGACUAUUGUUGGAAUCUAGCCUCUUCCAAUAAGCAUGCUCGUUCCACCAACAAAAUUAGUGGAUCUUUCUUGCCUGUUAUUGAUAAAUGCGGAGUAAUCCUAAAACUUCAACAGAUUCAUAUGCCCAACCAGUCGUACCCUUCAACAAGACUUGCUGUGCGACUACCCACCCUAGGAUUUCACUUUUCUCCAGCUCGGUAUCAUAGGCUGAUGCAAGUGGUACAGAUUUUCCAGGAUAAGGAUGGUGAGAGCUCCAAUUUCCUUCGUCCUUGGGAUCAAGCUGAUUUUGAAGGAUGGCUUCCACUUCUUACCUGGAAGGGCAGAGAAGCUGUGUGGCAGCAGCGAUAUUUCUGCUUAGUUGGACCUUUUCUCUAUGUGCUCGAAAGCCCUGGUUCUAACUCUUACAAGAAGUAUAUCAGUUUGCGGGGGAAACAGAUAUAUCAAGUUCCAGAAGAGUUGGUUGGAGGAGUGGAACAUGUCUUGGCUGUUUCAGAUACUUCACGUUCCAAUGACAAGCUUGUUGUGGAGGAUGUCAAUGCACUAAUUUUAAGGUGUAAGUCUAUUGAGUCAAGGAAAGUUUGGCAAAGCCGCUUGCAGGGGGCAGCUUAUCGUGCUUCGGUAAAUCUUUUAUUUAGCUUGCGUCAAUUCCAAUAUUUUUUAUUUGACUAA